CAGUUCACGCUGAUUGUGAUCAGUCCUGCAGAAAGAUGCACAGACUUGGAGCGGGUAUGUUUUUGUGUCUGUUGGAGAGUUAUCAGUCAAGGAGUUAACUGUGUUCAGUCAUUUGACUGGUCGGAUCUCAACUUUGAUACUGAAAGUUCUGGUGAUCAUCUUAAUUUUCAAGUAUUGUGCCAACUCCUCCACCUUUACAAAUAUGAUAAGAGCAAAGCUGCAAGAACUCUCCCAGCACUAUGGACUCGGGAUGGAGGAGGCACUAGAAAAAGAGAAACAGGAGUUGGAAUACAAAAAUCCUGAUGACAACCAAGGCGGGAUCCGUCGGCGCCUGCGGGACAGGGAUCUUCUUAGGAAGAGAAAGGCCGAGGCAGAGGAGAAGGAAACUAACCAGUGGGUUUAUGGAGUGGAGAGCAGGAGGAAAAGACCAAGAGGCGAGGAGAAGAGCAGCACGGGGAAGAGAGGGCGGCCACGGAAGACUGAGUCCACGCCAGAGAUUCCUGUCACUCAAGAGCAGCCGGCGCUGGUUCAAGGAGCUCCUGCAGUAGUGGUGGUGCCUGAACCUGUGGAGGUUACCCCGGCUCAGUCAUUAUCCUCUCUAACCCCCUUACUUACUGCAGGCCGUGACCCACUGGAGUCGCAACCAACAUAUGUCCCUGCUGCCCCUGCUCCCAUACCCGUCCUUGCAUCUGUCCAAAUUCCUGUUGGUACUCCACUUUUAACAUCUCCACCCGCUCCUGCUCCUGCUCCAACUGCAGCUGACCUGACCCCAGCCCUUGUUUCGGCCCCUGCUCCAGUCGUUGUCCCCAGUCUGGCUUCUUCUAAAGAUCCAGAUAUGGCUCCAGCUCCUGCUUCUGCUCAAGCUCCAGCUCCAGCUCUGUCCCAAGUCCCUGCUCCAGCUCCUGCCCCUUAUUCAGCAUCUUCCCAGCUAGAGACCCUUUACACAGAACCACAGGGCAGGGAGACCCUUGACCAGGUCCUGAUUGAAGACUUGGGUCCAGAUGAGGAGGAAGACAUCCCUCCAGCUCAAGACAAAAGAGCUGAUCAAGAUGUGAUUGAGGAGCCAUCUCUCCGUGCACCUGAACAAAAUAACAUGUUCUCAGCUCCAACCAUAUCCUCCCCACCAGCUCAAGAAUACCUCCCGGGAAAUAAAUUUUAAAAUACACUUUUCAGAUACUGCCAUUUUUCAGAACAUAAUACAAGCCUUACUGGUCACAUUUUACAUUUUGUACCAUAUUUUUGUUUGCAUAUUUUGAUGUGCAGCCUGUUAGCUGAUGAGAGAAAACAUGUCGGGACUAUGCAUUGCUUCUUGGAAAAAUGUACGAAUUGAAACCAAACCUGUAUACUUAUUUAUUCUAUUUUUUUGCUUUAUUGCGAAGCCCAUAAUUUCUAUUUUGUUGAAUACAUUUUGCAUUAAGUAUACAGCAAUCUGUGCCUACUUCUAUUUAAAAGUAAAUUGUAUACUAAUCACUGGUAGUGUAUUUGUAAUUGUGGUUCUAUUCUGUUGAAUUUUGUAAAAGUUUUCUUUUUUCAUCUAAUAAAAAAG